CGUACGAUUGUGCAAUGACACUUAUACAAUCGUAGAAUACAAUCGAUAGUAAAUUAUUUGAAAAUUCCGUUCGAUACAUGAAAAAUAAGAUAAUUAUAAAAGCUAAUAAUCUUAUCACAAAAGAGAAUGAAUCAACCGAGUAUAGGACAUUAAAAUAUAUCAAUUUUUGAUGGAUUGAUUAUUUUCGGAUCAUACUGCUGUAUCCACAUAGUAAUCGUAAUAUCGGUUACACGUAUAAAUAAAACAAAACAAUCAUGAUAAAGAUUUAAAAGUGAUAAUUUAAAAAAUUAACACACGUAAAAAAAGAAAACAAAUAAUAGAAAAGAAGAGAAUUAGUUGAGAUAACAGUAUCGUUGAUUCAAGACAAUUGUAUGUAAAAAUAACGUCAACGAAUAUUGUCAGAUGACGUUGCGUUUGACACGCAAUCAAAAGAGACAAAUAUAGAGUUUAUAUUAAAGGGGAAGAGAUGAACGUAUGUGAUAUGGUAUAUAGAUGACGAGUGAUCCGCCAUUUUGAUUCUCCUCAUACGAUAGAGCGCGCGUAGUGCGGGCGAUUUUUCGUCGUGUGCUCUACAGGCUGCUCGCUUGUAGAGACGUUCAUGUAAUUACGAUUAUGAACGAUUAUUUACGGACCUGUAUUAUAAACUAAAUAAAAGAGAUUUGUUUAUCGUAAAGGAAAAUUUGUGUUAGAAUUUACGAUAUAACUGUUAGGAGGAGAGCAACGUGUUCCCUAAUCAUCACCAAUUCAUUUUUACUAGUGACGUCUAUUGAUUAAAUUUCAAAACCAGCCUGUGAAACCAUGAAUGCCUCAGAACAUGGGUUUAACCCAGCCUUUAACAUGGCUUCCAUAAAACAAGCUUUCAAUGAGGCAGUAGAAAGAGUCUCAACAGUUAGAAUGCCGGCACCAACAAGAUUGAGAGACUUGAUCAGACAAAUAAGAGCAGCUCGGACAGCGGCAGAAGAAAGGACAGUAGUAAACAAGGAAUGUGCUUAUAUUCGUUCAACGUUUAGAGAAGAGGACAGUGUUUGGAGAUGCCGUAACAUCGCUAAACUUUUGUACAUUCACAUGCUUGGAUAUCCAGCACAUUUUGGACAAUUAGAAUGUUUGAAACUUAUUGCUUCAUCUAGGUUCACAGAUAAACGUAUAGGCUAUUUGGGAGCAAUGUUACUAUUAGAUGAACGACAAGAUGUUCAUUUAUUAAUAACAAAUUGUUUAAAAACCGACUUAAAUAGUCCCACACAAUUCGUAAUUGGUUUGGCCCUUUGUACCUUGGGUGCUAUUGCAUCGCCAGAAAUGGCAAGGGACCUUGCUUCUGAAGUUGAAAGACUGAUGAAAUCACCGAAUGCAUAUAUUAGAAAAAAAGCUGCGUUAUGCGCUUUUAGAAUUAUUAGACGUGUACCAGAAUUAAUGGAAAUGUUCUUACCCGCUACUCGAAGUUUAAUUACAGAAAAGAACCAUGGAGUGUUAAUAACUGGUGUUACUCUUAUUACUGAAAUGUGUGAGAAUAGCAUUGAUACAUUGAAUCAUUUCAAGAAGGAAUGCGGCCAUCGAGAGAUUGUGCCAAAUCUAGUGAGAAUUCUAAAAAAUUUAGUACUAGCUGGAUAUUCUCCUGAGCAUGACGUAGCCGGAGUAUCUGAUCCAUUUUUGCAAGUGAAGAUCUUACGUCUCCUUAGAAUUUUGGGACGUAACGAUGUAGAUGCAUCUGAGGCAAUGAAUGAUAUUCUUGCACAAGUUGCUACAAAUACCGAAACAAGUAAAAAUGUUGGUAAUACAAUAUUAUACGAAACUGUUCUCUCAAUAAUGGAUAUUAAAUCCGAGAGUGGACUUAGAGUAUUGGCAGUUAAUAUCUUAGGUCGAUUUUUAUUAAAUAAUGACAAAAAUAUUCGUUACGUUGCGUUAAAUACAUUAUUGAAAACAGUUUAUGUGGAUACGAGUGCAGUUCAGAGGCAUCGCUCAACAAUAUUGGAGUGUUUAAAAGAUCCAGAUGUAUCAAUACGAAGGAGAGCAAUGGAACUAAGUUUUGCGCUUGUUAAUUCAAGUAAUAUUAGAAAUAUGAUGAAGGAAUUACUGCUCUUUUUAGAACGAGCAGAUCCUGAAUUUAAAGCCCAAUGCAGUAGUAAUAUAGUCAUGUCUGCAGAAAGAUUUGCACCAAAUAAACGUUGGCAUCUGGAAACAUUAUUUAAAGUCCUUGUUGCUGCUGGCAAUUAUGUACGAGAUGACGUAGUAGCUUGUACAAUUCAAUUAAUCUCAGAAACCCAAUCGCAACAAGGUUAUGCAGUUAGUGCGCUAUGGCGUGCAUUAGAAAAGGAUACAUCUGAUAAACAACCAUUGGCUCAAGUAGCAACGUGGUGUAUCGGAGAGUAUGGUGAUCUUUUACUUUACGGUCCACCAUUGGAAGAUGCGGAUGCACCAAUAAAUUUAACAGAAGAUGAAGUUAUUGAUGUUUAUCAAAGAUUAUUAUGGAGUCCACAAAACACAGUUGUUACAAAACAAUAUACUUUGUUAUCCCUUACAAAAUUAAGUACAAGAUUUCAAAAAGGAAAUGAAAAAAUUCGACAAAUUAUAGAUACGUUUGGUAGUAAUUUGCAUAUUGAAUUGCAACAACGGGGCAUUGAAUUUUCACAAUUGUUUAGAAAAUAUGAUCAUUUACGACCUGCUUUACUUGAAAGAAUGCCCCCUAUGGAGACUGCAAGACCACAAGCAAAUGGUAUUAUUGGUAUGGUGAAUGGUGAACCAGAACAAGAAGAUGAAAAAUCAACAGUAUUAGAAACAUCUGUUACCUCCUCUGAUUCAAGUGCACUUUUGGAUUUGCUUGGAAGUACCGAUGUUGGGAUGACAAUGUCAACAGUUACGACUAAAAAUCCACCUCCUCCCACAACAAGUAUAAAUAACAACGAUCUUUUAGAUUUACUUGGUAGUUUGGAUAUGAAUACAGUAGCACCACCAUUAGUACUUCCUCAACAAUCACAAUCAACAACACAAAUGUUUAAUCCUACGAGUACAACCAACUUCUUGGUAGAUGGCCUACUUAAUAAUUCUUCAAUUCAAACUGAAGUUUCAAACAUGAUUGUUUUGGAUAAAUCUGGACUUAAAAUAACUUUUAAAAUGGAAAGACCGCCAGAUAUUACAGAUUUAUUAAUUAUAAAUAUGACGGCACAUAAUUCUACGAAUAAUGCAUUAAGUGAAUUUUUAUUUCAAGCUGCAGUUCCUAGGACAUUCCAAUUACAAAUGCUGCCACCAUCAAGUACAGUUAUUCCUCCAUCAGGUGAAGUGACUCAAGUAAUAAAAGUUACAAAUAUCAAUAACGUACCACUAAGAAUGAGACUACGAAUUUCUUAUACUGGAUCAGCAGGGCCAAUUUUAGAACAAACAGAAGUAAAUAAUUUUCCCUCAUUGGUAUCACAGUGACAUCCUACUAUACAAAAAACAAUUGUACAUAUGCCUGCCUAAUAACUAAUUAAGUCUGAUUAUAGACCAUAUACAACCUCACUUUCUUUUUGAGAUAAAGUGAAAAUGUGUUGACAAAAAAAAAUGUACCAAACAUUUUUGUUAUUUUAUUCAUUGAAUGAUUGAUAAACAUCUUCAGCACGUGUAGUGCGAAUAGUGUUUAUUUUAUGGCAUGUGCAUAUCGAUAUUAGUAUUUCUUAUUGAAAAAGAACAUCCCCACCUGCUCACAGGCACAAAUCUGUGUUCAAUACUAAGCAAUAUCAUGAUUAUUUUACUUAUGUACAGAUUACUUAUGUAUAUUACACAUUAUUAGAUAUUGUUCGAAAUUGUAUGUAAUAUUCUUAAGUUUUCUUUUCAUUGAGUAUUUUAAAGUAUAUCAUUGGUAGAAAGUUGUUUUGAAUCGAGAUGACAUAUUGAAUAUUUGUUUUCGUUCUAUUGUUGAUAUGCAUGCAUCAUAUACUUGUAGAUAAUCAAAAUAAAAAGAAAACAAAGAAAAGAAAAAAAAUAAUGCUUGUUUGAGCAGGUGAUAACAAUAUUAAUUUCAACAUUUUACAAAGAAAUAUCAAGCAUAAUUGGUAAUUAAAUGAAUAAAGCAGUAAACAUGAUGAAAAAUAAUGUAAAAUAUCAUUCAUAUUAUGGUGCAUGUCUAUAAAGAAAAAAAAAGGAAAAAAAAAGAAGUAAUUAUAACAAUAAAUAUAUCAUUGUAAAUAUUUUCUCUACCAGGACAUUAUAAGGUAGGAAAAUAAUAUUGGAUACAACACUACUCCGUUGAUUUGUCAAAUUAAUGAUAUUAUUGUCUCUUCAUUUAAUUUCCAUAUAUUAAAGUAUUGGAUAAACAUAUUAGAAUCUCUCCAAUCUAUCUCUUUAAUAGUAUGGAUGAAUUAUGAUGAUUGUUCUUAAAA